GGCAAGGACUUCACUCUAUCGGAGCGUUCGGUACGGUACGGAACAGUAAACUCCUGUAUCACUCUUGUAUUGUGUGGAUGUGUGCAUGUGUGUGCUAUAUGUUUAGGUUCCAGUGGUAACCAGUAUCCUUAAGGUUCGAACGUUUACCGUGUACGCACGGUUCAGUGUUUCCGGUGCCGCAGUUUAGUGACGAUCUCUAGAUUAAUACAACACCAGUCCCUUGCCGGGGUGCCCCAGCGUGCUCGCUUCUUUCAACCUCCGCUCCGGAAAGGCAAAACUCGCGUGUCAAGGACGUUGCAGCAGACCCGCAACACCGUCACCAUCCGGCAUGGCGAAGCUACUCCUUAGUUUCGUGCUCGCGAUCCUCACCGUCGGCAGCAUCGAUUCGGUCGAGUCACGGGCGGUAAACAUCAGCAACACGUGGACGCUACCGCAGGAAGGCUUCUCCGUGUUCUACCGCUACUUUCGCGACAAAAUUUCCUGGUUUGAAGCGGAUGCCGUCUGUCAGUUCCAUCACGCCAAUCUAGUCACCGUGGACAAUGGUGUACAAUUCGAUGCGACGCGGGCCUUCCUGAAGGAGCUGGAUGUCACCAGCGCAGUAUGGAUCGGACUGAUGCGUCCCGAAAACUCAGCCCGCUUCACCUGGACGAGCUCCAAGGCACUGGAUCCAUCGAGCGGAUAUUGGGCGGAGGCAAUUCCAGCCAUGGAGCAGCCCCUGUGCGCGGUAGUGGACCCAGUGCGUGACUUCCGCUGGCAUGCACUCCGUUGCGGUGGUCCGGAAACGGCCGCUUUUCUGUGUGAACUACCGGUUCCAACGUGGGCGGUGGACUGUACCGUCACGUCAAUUCCAUCACUGACUGUGCAGUAUAUGUCGGACAGUGGUACCGUGCAGCUGUCACGGGACUGUGGCGAAUCAGGCACGAAACACAUCUCCUGCCAGGGGAAACAGGACCGGGACAGCAUUAUCGAGCAACUGCAGUGUAGCGAUGAGGAGGACCUGGCGUCGGUGCUCGCGACCGAGAACAACAACCAGCUGCCGGGUGUCGAAAGUGCGGCCACGGCUAGCUCGACGCGUCGCCCGCAACAGCAGCCUAUACUGGAGCAUGAUAUACUGACGGUAGUGUCGAACAACGACGAAGAAAGCAACAACAAGAUCGAGGUCAACCCGAACCAAAUCGAGGACACGGUAAAGAACGUGAUCAACAAGUUUAACCUGCAGGACCUGAUGCGCAGCGAGCAGGCGGCCGCCUUGCACAGCGAAGAGGUGGACGGUCACGGUGCUGAGAGUGUGCGUAAGUCAGUCUACGCCAAGAAGUACUCACCCUUGUAUGAGAAGAAGAACCAUUACGCGAAGAAGAAUGUCAACGGAUCGGAACGGAACGAGAGCGCCGAUGAGGAGGAGGAGGAUGAAGACGAACCGAUGCUUGGAGAUCAACCGCUGCCGGACGAGACGGAGACGCAACCGAUCGACAUCAUUCAGCAAGCGGUGAAACCGACAUCGGACGGAGACUAUGCUGACUCGGCAGUGGUGAGCGGUGGAGCAAAAAUAGGAAAUGAGGAGCCGGCGGGUGUUGUUGGUGUGACGACCCCGGAAACAGGUACCACGCCCGAUUCACGCUUGCGACGUGGAACCGAUUCGGACCGGGAGGAAGAUACGGUGACUAAGAUGACAGAAUCAGUUUCAAGCAGCAGUACUGCAUCUGGCGUUACCGAAGUAACGACAACGUCAUCGACCGCUGCUCCAACUGCAGUGCCUUCUCUGUCACCGACAGUUACUAGCACACCGGCGGCACUGCUAACUACCCGCACUACGGCCGCCAGUCACAUCCUGCCAACGACACCCAAGAAGGAAGUCAUUACUGGGGACCACUUCAUUCCUCCAAUGCUGCUCGUCAAGGCCCGGUUCAUCUCUGCUCGGCCACAAACCGAGGCACCCCCGACGACGGUACUGCCAACUGCAUCCUCCACCAGCCUGCCAGUGGAUCUGGAUGUAUCUGACCCAACAAUAACCGGGCUUGUCACGUCGGAAUUGUCGCUCACGGAGGAUGAAACGAAGCUGGAACCAUCCCCAUCGUCAGCUUCAAUUGCAACUGAAAGCGCUGCAGAGACAACGCCCAUUGCUUCUACAGACGCGCAUCACGUUGUUCAGGUUGUAUUUGAAUCGAGUGAAUCGGGACGUUCCGAAUCGGCCGGAUCGCUCACCAUAACUACCCGGCCGUUCUCAGCGGUGGACACGACACAUGCACCGCUGGUGGUGGAUCCUUCUGCACCUCAGUCGGCUGCGCUAGUGGCAACCAUACAGUUAACGCAGUAUUCGGACUCCAUCACCAGUACGGCCGUUCCAGAGCUGGAUACAAUUGUGCACUCUUCAGCAGCUCCGAAGAUGUCGUUUACUUCGAGUACGGAAGAUCUAGACAUUACAACCGUCGCGCCAGAAACAGUGGAAGCAAAUGUGAGCAGUAAAACCAAUCCCUCUGUGUCGCCUCCAGCAACCGUUGCUCCAUCUACGAUGGUAUCCACGCCCGAUCAGGAAUUUUUUUCAAGCUCAAGCGAUCCAAAUACAACACCGGGAGUGGAAGACAGUUCAUCGCACGAUGUGACAACGGCGAUGCCAUCCACUAGUCCAAAACUUGAACCUUCAGAACAGCCUGCUGGAGAGGCUUCGGGAGUGAAGCAGCAGAUGGAUGGGAUAGAAGACCACCACAACGACCGUACGCACGAGGAGCAUGAAGAGGAAGAAGACGAGCACGAGGAGCACUCCGAGCUGCACAAUAGCUUCUCCAACGUAGAAAAUUAUCAGCCCUACAAACCGAACCGUCACCGUGCGCUAACCAAACCUGAGGUGCACAACAACCAUGGGGCGUACAUUAAGAAAAUUCUUGGCUAAAGAUGGCACUUCUAGUAGCGGGUUCGUCACCCUCCGCAUAUCUGCUUGGUAUGUGUCUACUGGUAUGUUUUAAAAACGGUCUUCAAG